AUGCACGAUUACUCGCGCUCAAUCGCGACGGUGCGAGCGUCUACAUCGAAGCGCCCGUUGACGUUGGACGACCUGGACCUACUGACGAGGCGCAGCAUGGCGCUGACAGACCGUGGGAUCAUCCAUGUGCUUUCGCUCCUGAUCUGGAAGCUGACGAGUCAGUGCUUCUCGCGGGAAGGGGAAAGCCUUAGCGUGGAGCUCCUCGACACGAACUCCCUGGAGGUCAAGCAGUGCUCACACGGCAGCCCGAUCGAGCCGAACAUGUGCGUGGUGCUUGCAAUGGGCAUGUACCUGGCGAUGCGCCCCUUCCAGACACCCUACGGAGCCCUCUUCCUAGCCGAUAAACCCAUCGACAAUUUUGCCGGGGCGUUUGCCAAUUUGGUCAACGGGAUGUUUGCAUUGGACGGCACCCCCCACAACUUGGGGACGAAGUCGAUGGAAAUGGGUGCUAUCGAAACAUCGGUGGUGACGGACGCCGUGCGGGUCAUGUUUCCCACACUGAGUACCGCGUGUGAGGACGAUGACCCCCAUGGGGACGACCUCGAUGGCGUCCGCGAUAUCCACGACAAGACAAGUUGCACCGACGCCAACGACCAAAGUCCACUGUGUGCUGCUACCAACACUACGACAAUCAAUGGGCACCAACUUUGCGACCAGGGCGGGCAAGUCCACAAGUUGCCGAUGGAUUUUGAAUGCCCCAACGGGAGACUAGACACGGGGCGGGCCUUGUGAUUAUUGGACAAUACCUCCACGAACCGCAGUCCGUUUGGCGGUACUUAUCGACAGUCGCUGUUGGAGACACGUGAUGGGCCCGAUGGAACACUUUUACGAAGCUGAAACCUGUGCCAAGUUGCCUAUCCGCCCGUCGGAACUCCAGCUUCGCGAGUCGUUUAAUAUGGCCAUGCGCGUGUUUGGCCCGCAACUUCGGGGACACUACAAGUAGCGCAAAUGUGACACGACUAGAGUGAAAGUAGAGAUGGCAUGUGGCAUUCUGAACGAACUGAGCAGCACUCACGUCCUCCCUGCGUAGGUCGUGAAUGCGGUCGACAUUGUCCAGUUGACGUGUAUAGUAGUAAUCCAUGCUGUACUGAUCAUUGUCCUUGAGUUUUGUCGAUUCAGAGGCAUACUCCCUGCGUACCACAUCAUGCAGUUCACGGCUGAUGACCAACG